UUUGAAGAUAUGGCAAAGGUGGACAAGUCCCGUUAUAAGAGAGAAAUGAAAACCUAUAUCCCUCCCAAAGGGGAGACAAAAAAGAAGUUCAAGGAUCCCAAUGCGCCCAAGAGGCCUCCUUCGGCCUUCUUCCUGUACUUCUCUGAGUAUGGCCCAAAAAUCAAAGGAGAACGUCCUGGCCUGUCCAUUGGUGAUGCUGCGAAGAAGCUGGGAGAGAUGUGGAAUAACACUGCUGCAGAUGACAAGCAGCCUUAUGAAAAGAGGUCGGCGAAGCUGAAAGAAAAAUACGAAAAGGAUAUUGCUGCAUAUCGAGCUAAAGGAAAGCAUGAUGCAGCAAACAAUGGAGUUGUCAAGGCUGCAAAAAGCAAGAAAAAGAAGGAAGAGGAGGAAAAUGAGGAAGAUGAAGAGGAUGAGGAGGAGAAAGAUGAAGAAGAUGAAGAUGAAGACGAUGAUGAAGAUGAAGAAGAAGAUGGUGAUGAUGAACAAUGCAAAGGAGGGCAGAGACUUGAAUGCGGUAGGCCGCCCUCUGGGCCCUCUCCUGUCUGGGUUGCAGCUGGCGUUUCGUGUCUUGGCAGUAACACUGGCGUCAGGACUGUCACCGGAUGGCCUGUUUUUCAACCGAAUGGCUGCGCGGUGAUGGAUGCGGAUUUACGGCCUCCUUGGCUGCGGCGCGCUGGGCCUGAUUAUCACUACAAACAGGCGUCCGCGGAGGGCGGGGGCGGAGGCCCGCGUCUAGAGGACGCGCUGACACACACCCAUACGCACGACCUGCUGCCCCAGGGCCUGGCUUCCUGCCUCCGCAUGCUCUCUCCCGCCCCUGAAGCCCAACCUUCAAGCCCUGCUGAUGCCCGCCCCUCCGUCCCCGCGUUGGCCUCAUAG